AUGGAGGUCGUCGGGUUGGUUGCCAGCAGCGUCACGCUGUUAGAGAUGUCCCUCAAAACGGUCGGCUUUUUCCAGGAAAUGGCUACGGCCCCGGAUGAUUUCCGCGGCCUGCAAGAAGUGGUAGCCGACAUCGCCUCCAUCGACCAAGCUUUCCAUUCCAUACCAAGCCUAUUCGCCCAAGGCUCUGGCCUACCCCAGGCCGCCGAACCAAUAUUGAUUGCCCGGGCAAUAUCGCAGUUGAAGCAUCUGAAGGCUGAGAUGGAUGAGGUUAUAACGAAUUGCGCGCGGAGCUCAGACAGCGACGGCAGUUCGAAAGCGAAGAAGCUGAGGUGGAUGCGAAUACGAAAUCGGGUCCCAAAGCUGCUUGAGAGGGCCCGCGACGCACGGUCGAACUUCCAAACUGCAAUACAACUUCAGUCGAUGGCUUUGGACGCAAUUCGUGGCGCUAGAGAACACAGGUUGGUUCAUCAACUUGCAUCGUUAUCUUCUACGAUUCUGGCAUGUUAG